GUGACAACUCUUCUAAUAUCAUUCUCAUCUAGUGCAACGUGAUUGAAUUCGUUAUUAUUCUUUUACCUAUUUACGAGAAUAAUUAAUUGAGUGUUUUAUCCUGUAGAUGGUGAGGCCCACAGUUACUAUACGAGGCAUUGCUAUAGUAAACCAGCUGCAUUGCUUUAACAAAACCACUAUGACUUCUUUGCUGGUUCCUCCAGUAUCGGUACGCGGUAUGAAAUGCUUGGACCGCGAUGCAUUUACGACUACCAUUGAGAUUCCUUCGUUGAAAUUGUGCAAAGUUAAAUUUCCAAAUUACAUGCCUAUAUUAAAAAAGUAUUUGCUUAAGCUACAUUCUUUAAAACCGGUUCAAAAUGUGGAUGACCUUAAUACUAUUGUCUACCUUAAUCCAAACAUCGUUAAAAAAUUUGAAGAUAUCGACGAAGCUGACAGAAAAUUAUUGAAAGAUCAAUACGAAUAUUCAGAAAAAACUCAGCUGACGUUAAAAUAUGAAAACUGGAAAUCGGAGGAUAUAUUAAAAUCCAUUCUUCCAGAGGACAUAGAAACGCCCAUGUCAUUUAGUCAAAUAGGACAUAUAGUACAUUUAAAUUUGCGUGAUACGCAAUUGCCUUACAAGAAUAUCAUUGGACAAGUUUUCCUCGACAAGAUACCAACUGCACGUACAGUUGUUAAUAAGACAAAAAACAUAGACACAACAUUUCGUCAUUUUACUAUGGAAAUAUUGGCUGGUGAUGAAAAUACCAUAACAACAGUCAAAGAAAAUGGCAGAACGUAUCAAUUUGAUUUCGCUCAAGUCUAUUGGAAUCCACGAUUAUCUACGGAACAUAUGAAUUUAUUGACAUUCAUGGAAAACAACGAUGUCUUAUAUGAUGUCUUUGCAGGAGUCGGACCUUUUGCCAUUCCUGCGGCUCGCAAAAAAGUUCGAGUACUUGCUAACGAUUUAAAUCCUGAAUCAUACAAGUGGCUACAGAAAAAUGCAGAUAUUAACAAAAUCAAACGUAACUUCCAAUGUUUCAAUUUGGAUGGUAGAGAUUUUUUAAGAGAUGUUGUAAAAACUGAUAUUCUCAAUAGGAGGGAAAAUAAAAUGACUGGUAAAGAACAUAUAGCUAUGAAUUUACCAGCUUCAGCUGUCGAGUUUUUAGAUAUAUUUCCAAAUUUGUUCAGCCCGGAAGAAAUAGAAAAAGUUUCUUCUAAUCCACCUAUAAUACAUCUUUACUGUUUCGUCAAAUUACGAAAAAAUGAAAAUCCUUGGAACGUCGCUAUAUUAUUAGUAGAGAAUAAACUUGGAUGCAAGUUGUACCAAGACUCGUUGGUCGACGUGCAUAACGUCAGAAACGUUUCUCCGAAGAAAGAAAUGAUGCGUGUAUCGUUUUUAUUAACUGAAAAUAUACUUAAAGGCGAGGAGCCAGCAAUGAAGAAACCAAAACUAGAAGAAUGUACCGAUUCUUGUAAUUAAUUGUAAUGAUAAAUAAUAGAGAUUAUUGUUUAAUUG